CGACCGGGGGCGCUAACAGCGGGGCGGGGCCUGCGCCUGGGCCGCGGCGGGGUCGCCCGUUAAAUACAGCCAGAGCGGCGGGGAGGGGAAACGGCAAUGGCGUUGUCGGCGGGGAGGCGGCGGCAGGACCUGGACAACGGUUCCUUGGAAAUAACACAGAGUUUAGAAGAUGAUCCUCUACUAGAUGCACCACUUAUUUCAUCUCAUACAUUGCAUUCCCAAUUGAGGCCAAGAUUUCAUGCUAUCCCAGCAGUUUUCCUUGCCAAUCUUCUGUUGCUAAUACAUGUUGCUUUUGUUGUUCUGGCAUUUUUAGCAGCUAUGUUCUGUUCUUACCCCAAUCCAAAUCAGGAUAAGUGCCCUGGAAACUAUACUCACCCACUGAAAGUACAGACUGUCAUAAUCAUUGCAAAAGUGAUUCUGUGGAUUCUGCAUGUUGUUUUUGAACGAUACAUCCAGCACCAUCACAGUAAAGUCAGAAGCAGAGGUUACUUCUCAAUAUACCGAUCAACAAGACAUCUAAAAAGUCUUCCACUGCUGAUACACUCCACAGGUAAUGCAGCCCUGCUUUUGAUUCUGUCAAUGCAGCAUUCCUUUCCUGAUCACAGUAAAGUGUACCUGUAUCUUAUCCUGGGAGUCCUGGGCCUGGAGCUGAUCAGCUCCCUGACAUGCUUAGUGAUUUACACAGUGAAAAUAAGCAACUUCAAUCGUGCAAAGCCAAGACCUGACAUAAUUGAAGAAGAAAAGAUAUAUGCCUACCCCAGUCACAUUACCUCAGAAAUUGGAUUCAGGGAAAAUUCAAGUUUAGAAGAGAUAGUUGAGAAGCAAGGAGAUGUAAUAGAAUAUCUUCAGCGACACAAUGCACUGCUUAGCAAGAGACUAUUGGCACUAACAUCUCAGCAAAUCAAAGCUUAACAGCAUUUGGAAAACUGCUUGCUGGAGCUCUGGAGGGAACAUAAGGUAAUGUAAUAUCCAGACUGAUUUGUACAGAUGACUUUUUCAAUCCUUCACAUUUUGAAAUGGAAGUUAAGCUGGAAGGAUGAGCUCUGCAUGCACUAUAAACUUAUUACAACUGGACACUCUGGCUCUUCAAAUCAUCAGUUCUGAGAAGUUCUGGAGCUUCAAGGACUUCUAAUACCUAAGAGGUUAAAGUUGGACCUGAAGUAAUGGUUUAACUUUCUGCAGUUGUUGCUAUUGUUUUGUACUGCUGUAACCUUUAAGCUCCAAACUACCAAAGUAUUUUAUAUUUCUAGAAUACAAAUUUGUUCUCUAGAAAAAUCUGACUUUGAAGGAUGUCUCAGUUUCUAGUGCUGAAGCUGAAACUAAUGUGUUCUGUCACUGAGUCACAUAAUUUCCAGUGUUACAGGUGGUGUACUUCAGUAGUCCUAUACAAAGUAGCUACUUGCUCUCUAGGUUGGUGUCCUUUUUUCCAGGAAAAGGAAUGAAACUGUUGUCUGUGCCAGUGGGGAAACUGGGCAUCCAAUUUAGGAUUUAAAAAAAAUGCAGUGGGUGCCCUAGAAUGGCAAAUCUCACAUAAGUGUGUGGUACUAAACAGUGCCACAAUAAGCAAUUUGAGCAGCUGUUCAGAAUUCUGGCUCUAAAACCUGUAAGAGGCAUCUUCAGGGCUUCCUAUUACUAGGAGUCUGUCAGCUAAUAAUCAACAAGAUUCCUACUCUGCCAACUGAACUAACUUAAUAUAAAAAAUACUUGAGUAAGCUUUUUCAUUGACCUAGUAACUAACUUGUGUUGAAUGGAUUUAAAGAUCUUGUUAAAGAUGCAUCAGUUACAUGUAUCCUUGCUCUUUACUUUGACUCUUCAAAAAAUGUCAGCAUCUUGAUUCAAAAGCUAUAAAAGGUUUAUGUGGGGAGAUGAAAAGCAGCAGAAAACAGGUCUUCUAGAAGUUGGAGAAACAAGAAUUUUUGGUUCUAUUUCAUGGAUUUAUUGGGAAGGCUGGUAAAAGAACCAUUGUGUUCUGGGUACUACUUUGUCUACCAAUGUAGACCAAGAAUUAUUUUAGAAACCAAUACCUCUGAGGGGACAGGGUAGUCACUAGUCAAAACUGGGAAGAAGGCUCUCAUGAGGAGUGGCCUUGUACUUGAAUGUAAGGAAAAAAAAAAAAAGAAAA